GCGGGACCGAGGCGGAGGAGGAAGCAGCAGCCGCCGCAGGAGCAGGGAGGGGCCGCGUCGCGUCGCGCCCGGUCGGUGGUUCCUGGUCAGCAGCGGCAGCCGCGGAGGCGUCACCAUGGGGGGCUCCCGAGACGACGAGUACGACUACCUCUUCAAAGUUGUCCUCAUUGGAGACUCCGGAGUCGGCAAAAGCAACCUUCUCUCUCGCUUCACGCGCAACGAGUUCAACUUGGAAAGCAAGAGCACGAUUGGGGUGGAAUUUGCGACGCGGAGCAUCCAAGUGGACGGCAAGACGAUAAAGGCCCAGAUCUGGGAUACAGCCGGGCAGGAGCGAUAUCGGGCAAUCACCUCGGCCUAUUACCGCGGAGCCGUGGGAGCCUUGCUGGUUUACGACAUCGCCAAGCACCUCACCUACGAAAACGUGGAGCGGUGGCUGAAGGAGCUGCGGGACCACGCGGACAGCAACAUCGUCAUCAUGCUGGUGGGCAACAAGAGCGACCUGCGCCACUUGCGUGCCGUUCCCACGGACGAGGCCCGAGCAUUUGCAGAAAAGAACGGCCUCUCGUUUAUCGAGACCUCUGCUUUAGACUCGACGAAUGUGGAAGCGGCCUUCCAGACCAUUCUGACUGAGAUCUACCGCAUCGUGUCUCAGAAGCAAAUGUCCGACAGACGUGAGAACGACAUGUCUCUAAGCAACAAUGUGGUCCCCAUCCACGUCCCCCCGACCACAGAAAACAAACCAAAGAUGCAGUGCUGUCAAAAUAUAUAACAAGUUUCUUUCCAGUGUAAUAUUUCUCUCCCCCCCCCCCCCCAGUUCCAAAAUGGAAAUAGAUCCUUGGGUUCACGUUGGUAUUCUUUUAAUUAUCUUCCCCUCUCCAUUCAAUUAUUUUUGAUUCCUCUCCCCCCCACUGGAGUUCUCCGGGUCUUAACUCUUUGAUUUCCAUAUUACGACUCCUUCGUUGUUUGCGUGUGACUGCAGCAUUAUCGAAAUGUUAGUCUGGCAGGGCAGAUACCGUGACGGAUUCCCCUUUCCAGCGUGCUGGCGCAUUCUGCAGAGAACCAAGAUCAGUUGCCCCUGUUUUGCCUUUUGCAGCUUGGAAUGGGAAUUACGACACUCCACAAAUGUGAGUUGACUUCCCCUGAGAAUUUUUGGAAAAACACUUUUAACCACUGAACCACAAUAUCAGAUGUUUCUGGAGGGACAGGCUGUGUGCAGCUUGCCUCUACGUGUUUUGUGGCUCUCGGCCAGCACCCCUCCUUUGAAGCAGUUACGGCCAAUUGACCGACGGUCUUGGAUUGCCGAUGCUGGUUCAGAACUGGGGUUCCCUUGCCUGGCGAUCCUGGUGAACGUCUCUGUCCUGCAGAAGUCAGCCCAACGAAGCAGUAACUUCAAAUCCCGAGCCUGCAGGAUUUGAAGAAACGGCCUGAUUGCUUUCUCCCCCACCCAACGUCCCAUCACCGACAGCGUUGCUUCAGGCAGAUUCCUUCUCAAAGCAAUGUAAGCAGCGUAGAAUUUUUAAAAAUUGUUUCACGGUGAAUUAACUUCCACAGGCAAGAGAGCGGGGGGCCGGCCCCAUGGCCUGCUGACGAUAGUUUUGUGGGGAUUAAGUCAACAGCAGGCCAACCGAGUGAAGACCAAAAAGGUGGGGUGCUGGGUGACCAGCAUAGCAGAAGAGGGCGGGUGAGAAGUGGAUAGCCGAGCCUCUCGUCUUGCUUGGCAGUGUCUUGUACGACUCCCAAAUGAGAUGUUGGUUCGCUUUGGCACCCGUGGCGAUUCCUUUGCUCCUUCGGCGGCAUGGCAGAAGCUCAGGAAAGUACCACCCCGCUCCUCACUCCCUUUUUUGAAUUCGAACCCUUCACUUUGAAAAGACUGGCUUUGAUUCUAGCAGCCCAGCCACACCAGAGGGCGUUGAUCGGAGCAGGUUGGGAUUAGACCCGGUUUGCACACCUGCUGAGAGGGGCUCCUGAUCCACCCCUUUGUGUUAGCAGCCCUUGGCGUGCCGGCAGACGGCACCGCCCACAAGAAUUCCCCCACUGGAUUAAAGCAAGGGCUGAAUCAGCAGAUGAGUCUGCAUUUGGCUCUCUCAGGCAGACACGCGCCUUAGUUCCCAGCUCAAAGUUCUUGGCUUCUCAGACGCCCUCACGUUGCAUUCCAAAGGGUAAGAACGGUUCGUCCUUGGCGAGCCGCUUCUUAAGGAUGGUUCACCCUGCAGUACAGGGGAAGCCAAGAACAGGGGAGGGAAAAGCCCCCAGGUGUCAAAGGUCAGGGGGGAUAGGAGGAGGAGGAAGGGACCUUCUCACAAAUUGGCCAUCAGCCCAGAAAGCACCCCCUGUGCCCCCCCCCCCCAAGAUGCCCCCCAAGUGCUGCCUUUUCCAACCGGCCUGCCAGUCCGCAGUGCUGAUGACGUGUGGAGCACACAGAAGGCAUUGCUGUGGUCCUUUCGUCCUCUUUUUGUUUCCGGCUCCUCGUGGGGUUUUUCACAAACCUCACAUCCCCCCUCCCCUCCCCUCCCUGACCUCAAAUCUUCAUUUUGUAAAUUGCUUUGUUUACUGUAUGCACAUUCUGUACUUUUUUGGAGUAUUUUUUAAAGAUUGAUUUAAGACGAUUCGUUUAUGGGAAUUCUAAUAAAAAGCAUUGCAGGGGGCUGUUCAGCGGUCACUGAGCGAGCGUCUUUGGAGCUGGGCGGCGGAGGGCGUUUGGGCGCUCCGGCAAGUUAAAUCGAAGCCGUACGAAGGUGAUGAAAGCGACCCCGUUCCAUGCCGUGCAGAUGUUGCUCAGAAUAAAUUAUGCAAAUCUGUU